CUUAGGUGAGAUGUAAAAUUGUGUACUUUCCAAAAAGCAGCUUCCUUUCUCUCCUUUUCACCACCAGAACCAGAAAUAAGAAAACAUGGAUGAGGUUGUGGAGACCCUAAGAAAGAUCGAGCAGAACUACAAGCUCUUCCAGCAGCAGCAGUUCUCAUUUAUCAGAGCACUGGAACACACCCGGGAGGAAGCCCACGACUCCUUCAGACCUGUGUCAUCCAUCAUCCAGGUACAGUGCUACAAGGACCACCACUGUUACAAUGCCACAGACAGGCGCAUCCUCAACAUGUUCAUCUCCAUCUGCAACGAUCUCCGCAACCUCUGCCAGAAGCUGGGAACGGUGCAUCCUGGGGACAGCGUGUCCAACGGCCUUGUGGAGAAGUGCAAAGUGCUCCUCAACGACAGCAACGACUUCACAGCCAUCCGAGCCACCUACCCCCACGGUGUUGUGAACUACCUGAGCUGGGAAGAAGCCAGGAAUCGCUAUGGAGGGGUGGUGAGCCUCAUCCCCAUUGUUAUAGACACCAUGAGGGAGUGGAUAACAUACAUGAAGCGGCAUCUCCUGCCUAAAGUGAGUCGCGUAUGUGCCACGUCCAAGAAGGACACAUCCAAUUCCCACAUCCUACCUGCUGGGCACUUUGCAACUGAGACCUCCAUUAGUAACAAAAAUACUGUACAGUUGCAGGACAGAGAAUUCCAGAAGUACAAGUACUAAGGCCUUCGUUUGAAAAAUAAAGCUCCUUGGAUGCCACCAAACAAACACACCUAUUAAAGGAUCAAAGCUCCUGCAUCACCUGCUCACCAGCAUGAACAUCCUGGCUGAUUAAAUACAAUGAAAUGAAUAUU